AUUUUAACCUCACCUAGGGGAGUUUUUCACUACACCUGGACAACUCGCCUUCAAUGGAAUUCGAGCUUUGUAACUUGGUGGGUCAUUAACUUUCAAAUAAAAAAGAACGAGUUAGGGUUUCAGUGUAGCCCUCUCCAUCUAACUCAAUAGCAAUCGAGAUUGAAGCAAAAUAAGUUUCAGGUUUGCUUUCCUUUAAAUAGGAAUGAGUCGAUUCCAGGGACAAAAGCGGAAACAGCCAGAAUCAAAUUCUUCAGCUCAAUCUUUGACAGAACAUGAGCAGGCCCUCUAUAAUGCGAUACGAAGCAAACAAGAUAUGGGCAUCUGGACACGGGACAUGAAACGAGAAACCAAUCUUCCAGAUACUGUGGUUAAUAAAUCUCUAAAGGUUCUUCAGGCCAAGAAUCUGAUAAAAGAGGUGGUAAACAUACAAAACAAGGGUAGGAAAUAUUACAUGGCAACAGAAUUUGAACCGUCAAAAGAAAUCACUGGAGGGACAUGGUAUGUUGAAGGGAACCUUGAUACAAUGUUUAUAGGGGUUCUGAAAGACCAGUGCAAAAAACAAAUAGAAAAGCUGAAAGUUGCUACCGUGGAGGCAGUUACGGACUUCAUUAACAGAACUGGAGUCUCAACUGUGCAUUUAACAAAACAGCAGAUUGAAGAGAUUUUGAAGGCAUUAGUUUUGGACAACAAGGUCACGGAAGUGAAGAGUAAUGGAAUGGGUGAAUUUGCUUCAAUUCCAGUUGGCAAAGUUUGUUACAAAAGCAUUGGUAAGGGAAGCAGUGGAGAUCCAAAAAUCGGCGCAAUGGCAUCCAUUCCCUGUGGAGUCUGUCCGCGGAUAAAGCAUUGUACACCUAAUGGCAUCAUUUCUCCACAGACUUGUGUCUAUUACGGCAAGUGGUUGGAAUUUUAACUUGAUCGUGUUUCAGUAGGGAAAUCAUUUUGAGCUGCGCAGAGAUUUUUUCGGUCUUCCAAUGUAUUUGGGCUCGUGAAGAACUGAAUAUUAUGUUAGGCCUAGCCACAGGCCCGCUUUCAAACUGGAACCAGCCCGUUCAAAAUUGGGCCCGGAGUUGUCCUUGUCCAACGACAAUUUAUUUAUUUAUUUAUUUCAAUUGUCAGUGGAAAAGGUCGUACUGUCUCCUAAAUUCAUGUGGCCACUAAACGACAUGGAAUAAUAAGCAUUAUAUGUUUUGUAGUUUUCCAAAUUAAUAAUCUCAGAUUCUCGAUCUAA